AUGGCAAAAUCACCCACCACCCGUCGCGGCGCACCCAGAAAGCCGCCCAUCAACAUGAGACUCCGCAACAUGAAGACCGGCCCGGCUCCAAGAAAACUCUCAAAAGAACCUACCUCGACUGCUUCACGGGCCUCAGGAUUCGCUAUAGGCCCAGAUAGUCCCUAUCCGACUUCCGAAUAUAGUGCUUUUGUCAGUCCUGCGCUGCCGCCUCCCAGUUCUGCAUACACGAUUCGUAAUGAUCGAUACAACGCCAUGGCAAGUGCCCAGUUGCAGCACGAGUUGAAUGCGACACUGCCGAUGAGUUCUUACCCCAUAACUCCAGCAGAACUGAUUCACCCGGCCAGAGUUGAGAAUUCCUCUAAUCCGACUACACAGGCAUCGAAUCUCGUACAAGUUCGCUCGAUGCAACUUCCCACAGUGGGCGACAAUGCCACUGACCCUAUCGAUCUGGACGAUCCUUCGCGUCUAUACAUUCCAUCCUCAAAAUCUCGCGGGAUUCGAGACGGCUUUUUCUCUCCCAGUAAAGAACCCACUCGUGGACCUCGCGAGAAUUCACUUCCAAAAGGCAGUACUCCCGCUACCAAAGACAGAUCUUCCAAAGUCCAGCCCAGACGUCCUACAAGAGUCGACAAAGCCGAUGAUGUUCCUGAAGAAGAGCCAAUAAUUGACGUCCGCGGCAUCCGUCCUCAAAAAGCAGGCGGUGGUGCUCGCCCUCCUACACGCCAUGGUCCGAGAGGCAAUGCCACUACUCCUGCCAUCAAGGACUCAUAUCCUGGUCCUUUCAAACAACUGUCAGGGUAUGGGGACAACAUCCGUCGUGAAUCGAAUGCGAGGCGACCAAGUACCAAUGCUGCUACAACGGGACCUACAGCUUCAGGUACUCCGAGAGGAGGAACACGCACCACUCAAUCACCUUCUCGAUCCAGGUCCAAGUCUGUUUCGCGUGGAGUGGACGAGGAGGAAAUCCCAGAAGGUGGCCUUGAUAUGGAUUUGGAUGAUGACUACGUAUAUGAUAGUAAUCUUGGAAAGUCACCAAGCGAGGAGUCCAGAGCUUCCGAUGCUAGACACCAACGUCUCAUGGAAGCCUUUAAUCAAGCUACGACAGCAUUGGAAUUGCAAAAGCAGGAGAAUUCUGCGGCGUUGCAAGUGGCGCAGAUUGAGAUGAAUYAGGCCGAGGAGCAGCGUCUGGAACUGGAGGAUCGUGUAGCGGUUUUGCAGCAGCAGCUUGAAGAUGUUACAACUCAAGCUCAAGCUCAAGUUGAUGGAACGGAAGAACGUGGAAGUGGCUCCCUUGGCCAAGCUGAGACUACCCGGAACAUGGAUAAUGAUAUGAUCCAGGAACUGGUCGAGAAUGAAGCGCGACUCCAGAGCCAAGUCGCCGGGUUGCGAGCAGAGCUGGAAGAAAUAUACUCCGGUUCAGGGGAGCAGCAGCAAAACGCGGAGGCGCUGGGGAACGGUCGUGAUGCUGGGUUCGAAGCCAAGGCAAAUCGACUCGAUGCACUCUAUGACCUCCUCCGUAACUUCCGGGAUAUGGAAGCUAGAAUUGGUGACCAACACGAACUUAAAGCGAGAAACACAUACCUUGAAGCCGUCGUUCGUAAGGCCAAGGCUCAUAUCAACGGUACCGGAGACGACAACGGCGACGUUGACAAUCAAGAAGGAGAUGUCAUGACGGCUGAGGCUAAUGCCAGGUCCCGGAAGGAGAGUGGAGGUCGCUCAACUGCGGGACCCGGCGACAGUGCAAAAGACCUGCAGGAACUCGAGACUGAAAAGAAUGAACUGCUGUAUGAAAUCGAUGACUUGGAUGGCGAAGUUAAAACGCUCCGUGCGAGGAAUGAUCUCUUAGAAUCAAUCGUCAAGAAAUCCAAAGACGAUUCCGAUGCGGUCGCGGAACAACUGAAACGAGCCAAUGACAGAUUCGGAGAGACCUACAACGACCUCCUAACGAGCAGAGCGGAAAACAGAGAACUCCAACAGAAGCUGGCGGAGGCUAACAAAAGUCCUACUGCCGGUGGUAAACGGGCGGGGGCCCUCCAGGAGGUUUCUUCGCUGCUUCAAAAGGCGCGUGCGGAGGCUAGCAAGAGUCCUACUGCCGGUGGUAAACGGGCGGAGGCCCUCCAGGAGGUUUCUUCGCUGCUUCAAAAGGCGCUUGCGGAGAUGGUUGCAGGUCAAGAGCAGCUUGAUGAGGAGGUCGCGGAACUACAGCGUAAGGAAGGCGAUGACGGAAAAGCACCUGAUGGCCCGCCUAAAGCUAAGCGUGCUCGACGAUCGACCCCUUCGGAUGACGAUGAGGAAGAAGAAGAGCAACAGACGCGCUUCCGGAGAGAGUAUGAGGCUGCUAAGCCAGACGAUCCUAGAGGAGGCGUGGUAGUCAUCGAUCGAGGUGAGGCCGCCAGAGGUGCCCGCACAGCCGAGAGAAGAGCUCUGAACGAGACCAAAAAUGCGAGGAAGCGGAAAUCCUUCGCUUGA